AUGGGCAAAGAUAACUUGACAACUUUAGCAGUAGAGGCAUCUAGGAAAGCUCUUGACAUGGCAAAGGUAGACCCAGAUAAUCUUGACUUAAUAUUGAUGUGCACAUCGACUCCGGAGGAUCUUUUUGGUAGUGCUCCACAGAUUUCAAAACAACUUGGCUGCAAAACAAAUCCAUUGUCUUAUGACAUUACAGCUGCAUGUAGUGGAUUUGUGUUGGGUUUAAUAUCAGCUGCUUGUCACAUAAGGGGAGGUGGGUUUAAUAAUGUUCUAGUUAUUGGAGCAGACGCCCUUUCACGAUAUGUUGAUUGGACCGACAGAGGGACCUGUAUUCUUUUUGGGGAUGCUGCUGGUGCAGUACUGGUACAGGGCUGCAACAGUGAAGAAGAUGGUUUAUUUGGUUUUGAUUUGCAUAGUGAUGGCAGUGGGCAAAGGCACUUGAAUGCUGGCAUUAGAGAAAACGAGUCAGAUAAUGCAUUGGAUUCAAACGGUUCUGUGUUUGGCUUUCCUCCCAAGCCAUCCUCAUAUUCAUGCAUUCAAAUGAAUGGCAAAGAAGUCUUUCGCUUUGCUGUACGAUGUGUACCGCAAUCAAUUGAAUCUGCCCUUGAAAAGGCUGGUCUCCCUGCUUCUAGCAUCGAUUGGCUACUUCUCCAUCAGGCAAACCAGAGGAUUAUUGAUGCAGUUGCCACUCGGUUAGAACUCCCCUCAGAACGGGUGAUAUCAAAUUUGGCUAACUAUGGUAACACAAGUGCAGCUUCCAUUCCAUUGGCGUUAGAUGAAGCUGUUAGAAGCGGUAAGGUUAAGGCAGGCCAGACUAUUGCAACCGCUGGCUUUGGCGCGGGUCUUACUUGGGGUUCAGCAAUUGUUCGUUGGGGCUGA